AUGCUUGCUCUUUGUAAAGCAUUUAACAAAAGAAGAAUUCUUCAGUUCUUUUUGAUAAUAGAUGGGUUGAUAAUUCAUAUGUAGACAUAUAUGACAAAUGACUAUAGCUUUAUGGUCAUUGGUUUGACUUUAGCAUGUUUUCAUUUGAUUAUAUAUUGCUUAGAGUAAAUGUGUUAAAAGAAAUCUAACAUAAUCUUGAUGAUAUUGUGUUUGAUUAAAGGGAUUGUAAUUAUAGGAGUGACUUAUAUUCUUAUUCCGCAAUGGUAAAUCUAUGCCGGGAUACAGAUUGUGUUGAUAAUUCAACUGAACGAAUAGUAUUUAAAAUUAACAAGUUUAAUUUUCUUUUUAGCAUGCAUUACAUGCAUUUGCUUCGGAAAUAUUUCAGAAAUUACAAUAGAGAUUUUGAGAGCAGUAGUGAAUUUCUUUUUGAUUGUUCAAAUUUAUAAGUAGAAAGUAACUCAACCAUUUAUGAGUUUAAAGAAUCUAUUAUACCAUAUAUCAUCUGAAGAAUUCUGUAUUUUAGAUAUGGAAUACAAUCCAGUUUAUGAAUCUAAAUUUUUUUAUUAAAUUGCAAAAGAACAGGUUAUGAGUAUGUCUGAACAAAACUAAAGUAGAAUGUUUACACCUAGAGAUUAAACAACAAAUUUUGUUAGGUAAUCUCAUUGUAUAGAAAAUAUUAUAACAAAACCUACAUUAUUGAUUAGCGAUAUAAUCGAAUAAUUAAAAAAGAAAAUUCUUAAAUUAGACUAAAAAUUAAUUUUUGAGCCAACCAAUAAUUCCCUUUAUUGUCUUAGUGUUUAAAAACUAAUUAUAGAUAAUUAAGAAUUUAUAUUGAUCAUUAAACAUAAAUUUAGUAAUGCAGAAUCAUUUAAACAACAAUCUUAACAAUAAAAAGAUUAAGUUUAAACAAUGAUUAAAACGCUUCAUAAAGUUUCACAUGAUAUGAGAAACCCAUUGAAUGCAAUAGUUAAUAUGCAAAUGUGUUUAUAAGAAUUAAUAGAUCCAUCUUUAUUUUAAAAAUUUUUAAAACCAUCAUUAAAUUCAUGUCAUUUGCUAUUAAAUUUAAUAAACGAUAUAUUGGAUGCAGCAUAAAUAGAAAAUAAAUCAAUAAGAAUAGUAUGUCGUAAAUUUAAUUUAGCAAAAUUGAUUGAUAAAACAAUAUCACUUUUUGAUUUAUUAAAAGAAAAAAAGGGAUUGAAUAUUACAUUUAAUUAUGAUCCAAAGUUGCCACUUAAAAUAAAUUCUGAUAAACUUCGUAUUAGAUAGAUUAUUAUGAAUUUAUUGAGUAAUGCUGUAAAAUAUACAUAACCCAAAGGAUCUAUUUUAAUUGACUGUAUUUAAAGUGAAGAGAAAGCCAAAGCAAUAAUUAUAUCUAUAUAAGAUUCUGGAAUGGGUAUAAAAUCAGAUAAUUUAAAAAAUCUUUUUCAGGAAUUUUCUAGAAUUAAUGAUGUAGAAAAUUAGAAAGCCAAUCCUUUUGGAAUAGGAUUAGGUUUAAUGAUUAGUAAUGAAUUAGCAAAAUUAUUAUCAAAAAAUCAUUCAAUAGGAAUUUAAGUUUAAUCUGAAUAUGGAAGUGGUUCAAAGUUUUAUUUUGAAAUAGAAAAUGAAGAACAACCUUUAGAAGACAUUUCUGAUUCAUAAGUAUCAUAAAAACUAGCUUAAAAAAUACCCUCAUUAGAAUUAAGAUUUUUGUAAAGUAUUAUUUAAUAAAAAUCACCAACAGUUUCAAUUGCUAUUCCUAUGGGAGAAAGUAGUAAGAGAAUUAUUUAAAAGAAAAAUCUUAAAGCUUUUAAUUUUAUGACAAGUUCUUUAAAUUAUUAAGCUACUUUGAGAAUAAGAAAUGAAUCAGAAAGAAAUCUAUCUAAUAAACCAUCUAUAUAAACUCGUUUAAUUUAAAAUCUUUUAUAAAAAUGGAAUGAUUAAACAUAAUAACAUCCCCCAAUUCUUAUUGUUGAUGAUAAUGAAUUUAAUAUUGUAGCACUCUAAUAUUUACUAGAAUUAAUAGGAAUUAGUUCAGAUUCUGCUAUAAAUGGAAUGAUUUCAAUAGAAAAGGUCAAUGAUAGAUUAAAAGAUAAUAUUCCAUUUUAAUUAAUAUUUAUGGAUUUAGAAAUGCCUCUUAUGUUAGGUUUAGAGGCUUCAACACGAAUUCGUAAAUUAGAUAAGAAUGUUACAAUUAUAGCAUGUUCUGGUCAUAAACUAACGUCAGAAAUUUUUGAUUAAUUUAAAGAUUGUGGAAUUGCUUUUGGAGUUGAGAAACCUAUUACAAAAAUAAAAUUAAAAGAUUUGCUAUUAAGGUUAUCAGAUGGAUUAAGAUGUGAUAGCUCAUAAUUUUCUCAACUAUUUUGA